UUUCCUGCGGUACAACGUAUAGCAGGAAAAUGUUGUAUAUGCGGAUCCGUUUAAUGAUUACGUAAUGGGAGUGGCGAGACGCCACGAUUCCGCGAAGCGGGAUGGUUUGAAUAACUUAGGCAGGUGUAAGUUAUUGUUUUGAGAAGGAAAGGAAUGUUCAGAAAGGCAUAAUAAGAGAGGGAAAUGGGCGUGGUAGCCAUUCUAGCUUUGUCAGACACUAGAUACACGACACGACUACGGGGACCGAGCCAGGAGCGACAGCUACUAUACGAUGGAGCCGAUGGACAUUGCCGAGCUUGUCCGCGGCGAAGUGAGGGAUUCACAGAAUACAUUACUGGAUAAAUUAGAAACGCUUGUUUCAGAUAAGCUUAAUCAUUUCCAGAAGGACAUAAACGAUUCACAAAUGGCUAUGAGCGAAGUACAGCUAUCAAAGAUGGAGGAAAUAACCAACACGACGUACAAGUUUAAAAAGAAGGGAAACGAGGAGCAGUACAAGAGCAAUACCAAGGUUUAUCAGAAGUUGUCUGAAGCAGAAUCUUUGCUGAAGAAAGACGCAGAUUUGAGCAGAGCUUCUACGGCAGCACAGAACAAAAUCGCCGAAGGUAAAGACAUUUUAGAGCAUAGGCAGAAAAUCAUCAAGCUUGCUGAUCAAUCACCUUUCGGAUGGCUUACAGUUUCUGAAUAUGAAACCAAUAGCCUAGCUCGGGAUUCGGACGACGAGAAAAGAAUCUGGAAGGCGGAGGCCAGAGCGAAACGCAAGAUGAAUCAAGCGCCUCGAAGGAAGAUAGCUUCACGCAAUCAGAUACGUCCCUAUCCAACAGAUCGUCAACCAGCAUCUCAGCAGUCUUCAAGGCCAUGGUCAAAUCCUAGCUCCAAGACAGAGGGAUGGGAUUUCAAGAGGAAAACGGGAGCAUGCUUCGCCUGUGGUAAAUUCGGGCAUUGGAGGUUCGAAUGCAGGGAGCUGGCAUCAAGCAGAGAAGCAAGAAAUGAAAAGAUACAGCACUAGGUGUAAGGACCGCCGUUAAGGAAGAGAUGAAGCGAGCUCAAGUUACGUCAUCAAAGUUCAUCCAGCUGGCAGAACAGAUGUCAUCGUAUAUCAUUAAAUCGAGAAGCGAAAACACAAACAAGAAGUAUUUCGCAGCAUUUAACCGAUGGGAUCUAUUCAUCAGUGCAGAAGGAGGGAAUUCUCUUCCAGCUGAAUCUAUUCACGUCGCCCUAUAUGUGACUCAUCUUAUUGACAAAGGACAUUCAUCGAGUGUCAUAGAAGGUGCUGUAUACGCCAUUAAGUGGGCUCAUAGUCUUAGAGGGUUCAGGGAUCCCACAGACAAUUGUUUUGUAAAGAAUUUGUUGGAAUCUGCCAAACGGCAAUGCAAGAAAAAAGUAAACAAGAAAGAUCCAGUUACUUCAGAUCAAGUUAAAGAGCUAUGUAAGAAGCAUGUUCAUACAGAGGACGCAAUUUUGCUCAGAGACUUAACAUUAUUAAUUUUGUGUUUCACGGGGUUUCUUAGAUAUGAUGAAGCAAGAUCUUUGAAGUGUAAUGAUGUGUCAAUUUAUGAUGAUUAUAUUUCUCUUAAUAUUGCUAAGAGUAAGACAGAUCAGUAUAGACAAGGUAAUAGUGUAGUCAUUAGUGCCGGUGUGACAGAAGCUUGUCCGGUCAAAAUGGUAAAGAAGUAUAUCAAUGUGGCUCGGAUUUCUUUAGAUUCCAAUCAUUUUUUCUUUAAACCGGCAUACAGGUCUAAAGGAGUUAGUGCGCUUAUAAGGAAAGACAAACCUUUAAGUUACACGACAGCUAGAGAGAGGGUAAUUUCUUUGUUGAAAGAAGUAUGUGGGGAUGCAAAUCUCGGAUUGCAUUCACUGAGGGCAGGUGGAGCCACUAUGGUUGCUAAUACAUCAACUAAAGACAGAUUGUGGAAAAUACAUGGUCGUUGGAAGACAGAUAAAGCGAAGGAUGGAUAUGUUGUAGAUACAUUAGAUAAUAAACUUGAGGUGACAAAAUCCUUAAUGCUUUAGGCAUAUUAUGAAUGUUUUCCAUCAUAGGAAACGUGUUUAUUUUGGAUGUGGAGUAUGAAUUGUCUUGGAAAAACAGAUAUAAUGUCCGACAAUAUGUUUUUUUUUUUAUUAAAGAAGAGUAAUGAAAGAAA